CGGUUACAAUGCUUGAGUGGACAGUGAUUUGGCAUAGGAGUCCAGGUUACCCCUUUAAAUGUUUUGGCUAAUACCAACGUGUCUUCCAUCUUUUUUUUCCAUCGCUGAACCUAAAUUUCUCCCCAUCUUCUCCAAUCGUUCCACCCAAUGUCUGGUUCAUCCGCAUCAACGACUAGGAAAUAUUCAGGGGCUACAACUCUUGACUAUGAGCCCCCCGUUUACUGUGGAUGUGGUAUCAAAGCUCAUCUUUGCAUCAGUAGAGAGUGAAAGAAAGUUUUACGGUUGUCAACAUUGGCCGUAUUUACAGGUUGAUGGAUGUGGGUUUUUUAUUUGGAUGGAUGAUAUGGAUUUAAAUAAAAAAGUUGGAGGAGGUAAAAUGCAAGGAAACCGGGAUGAAGUGAAGACAAUGAUUGCUGGACUUGGUCAAAAAAUAGGAUCACUUCAAAGAGAAGUGAAUUGUGUGAGACAUAUAGUUGAAAAUGAAGUGAAGGAAAGAAAAAAAUGAGGAAGAUGUUUGUGUUAGCUAGUGCUAUUUGUUUUGGUUAUUUGGGUGUAUCUCAAUUUGAGAUAGUGUAGUGAGGAUGUGUACGGUGUGUGUAUUUUGCACAUGAUUUGGAGCAUGUAAUGUCUUCCGACUUGUUCAAAUUAAACAUGUAAUUUGGAUUUGAAUUUUUUACUGUGUUUACCUUAGUUUGGCAACUUAAACCAGUAGCUUUGAG